UUUAUCCGCAACAACAGACUGGAUUACCAAUUGUUCUUCCAUACCAAAGGUGCUGUUAGACCUCUGGGCAGGAAUGGGCUGAUCGUCAUCGUAUAUCAUUCCAAUAUUGUGAACUACUGGAUCGCAACAAUAACGAAGGGAUACAUGUUGGCCUAUCGAGCGCUCAUAGCAAUGCUAAUAAUAGUUGUUCCACCUGUAAUUUGCAUGUUUCGGUUUUCAGGAGCUCUAAGAUUACUCCCUAAAUGGCUACGCCCUGUCACAUUGCUAUACAGCCCCUUGGUUGCAAUCCUAUUGAUGAUUCCUUCAAUAGCCAUUUUCACCACCAAAAACACAAUGGCCAAGUGGAUAGUGUUCCUACUGCUAUUUCUACCAGUGCUUCUUCUUACAAUCACCAGGCUACGUUCCCCAAGAAUUAUCAAACUAGUAGAUAACGCUUUGGGCAGUAAAAAGGUAUUUUGGCAGCGACGGAUUUUGAACUUAUGCAUGUUUUCUGCGCUAGUGAUGUUGGUGUUCAUGCCUGAUGAUCCAGUUGAUCAAGCGGCAGUGUUCAUAUUCUUAUUAUAUGCUGUAGUGGUUGUGUCAUUUGGCAACUUACAGAUUCCCGCAGCGGCCGCUCGAGUCGGGCUCACACUGUGGCGCCUUAUAGAACAUAACUAUUACGGUGAUAAUGAAAACGAUCCUGCCAAGACAAACCUCGAACCAUCUCUGGAUAUCUUAUACGGGAUAGUGCUCAGCCAAGGAAUACUCUACCUUGUGGCCUGCAUUGUCGAGAUUUUCUCGUUCAUCCCUCGGAGAUCUCUUGUCCGUCGUGGUGGGUUCAGAGACCAGUGGGGGGUGGAGUCUGUCAAUCUGUACUAUGGAUAUGCUUUGGAGAAAUGCAUGGAAAGGGAUGUUCUUGCUAAAAAGAAGAUCUGCCUCAGCAGCUUUGCCAUGGACUCUCUAGACUCAGACUCACCAAAGAUGCGGCUCCAUGGGAUUCGGAUGAUGCACUGCCUUCUGCAGGGGGAGCCAACCAGAACACUGCUCCUUUCAAAGCUCACCACUCGUACAGGUACAAUAGCUAGAUUGAUCAGCAUGCUGGAGUGGACGAGUCCAAGUGAAACGACUAUCAGAUUAUUUGCUGCAAAGGUCACUGCUGAGCUUGCAAAGAGCCUUCGAGUUAACGGUGUCGCUAUCCCGGGGACAGUGCAGGUUGUAUCUGCACUUUUGGAUACUGAUAGCAAACAUAAAAGAGGACACCCACUUCUGGACGUUAUUGAUGGCGAACAGGAACAAAUACAUGAUUCAGAGAACAAAGAGGAAAUACAGAAUGCAGUUCUAGAUAGUGGUAACCUGCUGGAGACACAAGACCGCUCAACCCAUCAAGUUGGCAUAGCCGAACAUAGCUCCUGGAUACUCAGAUGGUGGCGAAGGAUUUCUAAAUUCUGGUCAGUUCCCCAGGAGGAACCGUUGACAGAGCAGGAUCUUCUACCCGCACUGGGCAUGUCAAUUCUCGACGGCCUUGCUGGUUGUGAUCAGGAAAAUUGUGUGGAAAUCAGCAGAGCAAGCAGUCUCAUCUCAAAGAUCGUAGGAUUCACAAGCUACUGCACAAGUGACACGAUAUAUACCGACGCUCAACGGAAGGCUCUAAUGAAGUCAUCAAUGAAGCUGUUGCACAGUCUUACAAGCAUCGACGGAGAAAUCGGCAUAACACUGCGGCACAAGAUAUCUAAGCAUCCCUUCCUACUGAGAAAUCUUGCAGAUAUCCUCGGAGACAGCCUAAGCAGCCAAGAGUUGAGGAAGCUAGUGGCAGGAACCCUUAGGAACCUUGCCGUCGAUGGGAACGCAAGGGAAGCAAUUGGGCGCAUCCAAUCGAUUAUGACCAGGCUGAUGCAGGCAUUUCUCAGUCCAGACGGACCAUCUAGUACAGAUGAUGAUCAGUUGCUACGGAAGGUCGCCGGGCAAGCACUGGCAAUGUUGGCAAUGGAGAGUGUCAACAACUGUCUGGCCAUGUUAAGGGAACCAGGGUAUGAAUUCAUUAAGGUACUCACAAGUAUGAUCUAUGUUGAUAGGUACAGAUGCGUGGCAGCAAGUCUGUUGCGCAGUAUGAUCCUGCACGCUCGGCCCGAGCUUAAAGAGACGGACCUGAAGGAACUGUCCUACAGCUUGCGAGAGGUGCUGGAAAGAACACUCCUCUCAGAGGGCGCAGAACUAGAGAUCCACAUUGGCCUUAGUUCACAGAUAUCUAAAGCCAUUCCUGGGGAGUUUUUCCGAGAACUAGAGCACGGUCAGAUUAAGGAAACAUUUGUGAAGCGGCUCGUCGACGCGCUGAAUGCAAACAAGGAACCCGGUGCCGAUUGCCCCGGGAUCAGGAGGAUGCUACUCGAGCAAGCCAUAAACUUGAUGGAGUACGACUCUCGCUACGCGAACCGCUUCAACGAUCUUCGCAUGGCCGACGUGCUGUCGUUGGUGGAAGAGACGGCCUCGGAGGUUGAGAACUACAACCUCUUCCUGGGAGAUGCAGGGCUCAUGGAGACCGGCCAGACUUUGUCCUCUCUUGUGGCGAGGGCUAAACAGCUGCUGGCCGUCCGUUGAACUUUGCCGCCAUCAGGUAUCCAGUUCAUGGCUAUCUAAAAGCAUACUAUGUGGGGGAUGAUAGUCUAUUUAUUAUGCAGUUUGCUCUAGUUUUGCGUAUCCAAACAUGUUUGCUUAAUAUAACUAUUAUGUAAUAAUGAAUCAGGUUGUGUGUAUCGUACGGUGCAGAGGCUAGAAACUUUUUCCCAUUAUCUUAAAAAAAAAGUCCAGUUCAUGGCUGUGAUGGGUACAUGCUCCUUUUGAGUCUUUUUUUUUUCUUUUACUUGAGUUGCUAGGGCAAGAGUUGUUGCUGUGAAAGUGUGUCCCAGAUCCGAGGUGUUGUUUCCCUUUUGUGCUGGUGGUGGUGUGUAGGUUUUGCUAAUUGUGAACGUUACUAUUUGCAUAUGUGAAAGUUAAUAAAAGUAUUGGUGCUAUUAUUGUUA